AUGUUGCGACAGGUGUUGCACGAAGGUCUCAGGACGUCUUUCCACAAAUUGGGCCAUUUUGUGGCCAAUCACCCUGUCUUCUUCGCCUCUGCCCCCGUGCUCAUCUCCAUCUUGCUGGGCGCAAGUUUCAGCCGGUACCACAUUGAGGAAAACGUGGAGUACCUGUUAGCUCCCAAGCACAGCUUAGCGAAGAUCGAGGGGAACUUGGUAGACAGUCUGUUUCCUGCCAACAGAUCCAAGCACACGUUAUACUCAGACCUGCAGACGCCGGGGAGAUACGGUCGUGUCAUCAUCACCUCACGUAGAGGAAGUAUCCUCGAGCCCCAGUACGUCGAUUUAGUACUCAAGCUCCAUCGCAUGAUCACCAUCAUGCAGGUGCCCAUGCUGCGCUUCAACUACACCUUUAACCACCUGUGCCUGCUGGACGACGGCAAGAGCUGCAUCGUAGACGACAUCCUGCACGCGCUCGCCGAGGCCCAGGCCGCGCGCGCCGCCAACCGCUCCGCCCCGCCGCUGCGCUACCCAAUCACGGUCCUGCGCGACGGCCGUGAGUCCUACAUCGGGCAUCAGCUCGGCGGCGUGCAGCCCUCCGCCAGCGGCGUCCGCGGCGAGGGCGGAUCCGUGCGCGUGGCGCGGGCGCUCCAGCUGACCUACUACCUGCACGCGCCGUCGCAGCUGAACAAGAUAGUGGCGGCACAAUGGGAGCUGGAGUUCGGCGCCAUGCUGGAGCGGUUUGGGCGGCAGAACCCGGAGCUGGCGCUGUACCCGUUCACGUCCUCCUCCCUCCAGAGGGACUUCCAGCACACCAGCCGCGUGUCGGAGCAGCCGCUGCUGUUCAGCCUGGUGGUGUGUGUGACUCUGGCGGUGCUGUGCUGCUCCAUGAGGGACUGUGUGCGGACUAAGCCCUGGUUGGGCCUGCUGGUGCUGGUCACCAUCAGCCUGGCCACUCUCACCUCCGCUGGCAUCUUCAACCUGGUCGGGUCAAAGUACAACUCUACGUACCUGGGGAUACCCUUCGUCAUGCUGGGUCACGGCUUGUUCGGCACCUUCGAGAUGCUGUCGUCGUGGCGCCGCACGCGCGAGGACCAGCACGUGAAGGAGCGCGUGGCGGCCGUCUUCUCCGACUGCCUGUUGCCCUUCACGGCCAGCACGGCACUGCACCUGGUCACCUUCGGCAUCGGCGCCAGCCCCUUCACCAACAUCGAGGCCGUGCGCCUCUUCUGCCGCAACGCCUGCCUCUCCGUGCUCUUCAACUACCUCUACAUCCUCACCUUCUUCGGAUCCAACUUGGUCUUCGCAGGCUACCUGGAGAACAACUACCGCCACAGCCUGUUCUGCCGGCGCGUGCCCAAACCGGAGCUCCUGCAGCAGAAGCCGGCCUGGUACCGCUUCCUCAUGUACACGCAGUACAACGCAGAGGGACCCGCAGCCGCCUCCGAACCAGACCUGCAGGCAUAUGAGAGCCACCUGCUGGUGGCCUUUAUGAAGCGCUACUACUGCGACUGGAUCACCAACACCUACGUCAAGCCCUUCGUGGUGCUCUUCUACCUGGUUUAUGUGUCCUUCGCGCUCAUGGGCUACUUGCAGGUGAGCGAAGGCUCGGACCUGAGCAACCUGGUUGCCACGGAGACCAGUACCAUCGCCUACAUGCGGGCGCAGCAGCGCUACUUCAGUAGCUACAGCCCCGUCAUCGGCUUCUACAUCUACGAGUCCAUCGAGUACUGGAACGCCAGCGUGCAGGAGGACCUCCUGGAGUACACCAAGGGCUUUGAGCGCAUCUCCUGGUUUGAGAGCUACCUGAACUACCUGCAUGGGCUGAACAUGAGCGUCGGCAGCUUGCCGCGGAGCAACUUCACCGAGCGCCUGCGCUCGGGCUUCCUGCGGCAGCCGCGCUACCUGCACUUCUCGGACGACAUCAUCUUUUCACGGCGCGCCGACGGCGACGGCUUCGAGGUGGUGGCCUCGCGCAUGUUCCUGGUCGCCAAGACGACGGAGAACAAGCGUGAGGAGAUGUCCAUCCUGCUGGACACGUUACGCAAGCUCUCGCUCACCUCGCGCAUCAAGUUCAUCAUCUUCAACCCCUCCUUCGUCUACAUGGACCGCUACGCCUCGUCGGUCGGCGCGCCGCUGAAGAACUCCUGCAUCGCCGCGCUCUUCCUGCUCUUCUUCUCCACCUUCCUGGCGGCAGACCCCCUCGUCAACGCCUGGCUCACCGUCACCGUGGCGUCCGUGGAGUUUGGCGUGGUGGGCUUCAUGACGCUCUGGCAGGUGGAGCUGGACUGCGUGUCGGUGCUCUGCCUGAUCUACGGCGUGAACUACGCGGUGGACUCGAGCGCGCCGCUGGUCUCGGCGUUCGUGCUGGGCCGCGAGCACUCGCGCACGCGCUGGGUGAAGGUGGCGCUGGAGCGUCACGGCGUGCCGGCGCUGCAGAGCUACCUGUGCUACGCGGCCGCCCUGUUGCCCGUCGCCGCCGUGCCCUCCAACCUGACGGGCACGCUCUUCCGCUGCCUCUUCCUCACCACCCUCAUCACCGCCUUCCACUGCCUGGCCAUCCUGCCCGUCCUGCUCACCUUCCUGCCGCCCUCCAAGAGGAAGAAGAGCAAGAGGAAGAGAUGCGGCGGUGGGGGCGUCGGGGGGUUGGGGAUUGGUAGUGUGGACGGGAGGGAUGAGAUUGAGUGCGUAGAGAUGGGAGACAGUACUCGAGUAGUGGACCAAAUCACCACUGUCUGACAUUGACAGCGGAUGUGGGACAAUAAAGACGUUGGUGUUCCUGUGGUAUUCAAGGAUGGCUACUUGUCAUGCACAUGGAGAUACUUGGGUGUAGUCUGUGAUGAAGACUGUGAAGUACUUGGGUGAUGGAACAAAUCACCACCGUCUAACAAUGACGGGGGACAAUAAACGUGUUGGUAUUGCUGUGAUGUACAAGGAUGGUUAUUCGUCAUAGAAACUUGGGUGAAAUGUAUGGAGAUGGUUGGAUGGUACUCCAGUAGUGGACCAAAUCCAUCUAACACUGACUUGUUAUAAUGACAGUUCCUCACACUGCCUGGUGACCUUACCCGUCCUGCCCACCUCCCCGCCCCCCUUCCAGGAAGCAGGAAGAGGAAGAGGAAGGGGCUGGGGAUGAAGAAGACAAGAUGGAGAUCACGUGUGUUUGUUGUAGAUGGGAGAUAGCACUCUUACAGUGGACCAGGUUACCACUGCAGAGUCAUGAUAAUGAAAGAAGGGACAGAAAAAAACAUUGGUGCAACAAUGCAAGGGUGCAUUACUUGUCAU